CCGGAGCGCCCUCAGCGCGAUGGAGGGGAGCGCGCGGCAGUGGGAGCGGGGCUGCAGGUGGCCGGGGGAGGGCCAGCUCUGCGUGGUCGGAAAGGCGCUGCAGGCGCAGGGGCCCCGGCCCACCGGCCUGUCUGGCCACAGAAAUUCCCUGGCGUGUUGCCUCCACCUCCAGAGAAAAAGCACUUGCGGCGCCCCGGGGGCAGGGAGCAGCGCCGCCAGCAACCAGAGUGCCGGGGCCGCACCGACCAGGACCGCCGAGCCAGCGGGGACCCCAGGACCAUCCCGGACCGAGUUAACCGAGUUAACCGAGAGGCCGGGAGCACCGUCCACGCCGGCGGUGGCGCUCAAGGGCCCUGAGGAGAGUGGGGUGCCGCUCAAGUCCUCCUCGGCCGGGACCCGGCGGCGCGGUGACCCGCGGGCUGAGCCCAGAGCCCAGAAAUCGCACGGGCGUUCCUCACGCUGCAGCAUUCAGCGGGAGCUGCAGGUCUCCGAAAACACCUCCUGGGCCUCGGUGGCUCUCAGCGACCUGCGGGAGGAAGGCCCGGACCCCGGGCGCAGAUUCACAGCGCCCUCCAGUAUUACCUUUACACCAUAUCUGAGUCUGAUAAGUAAUUUUUUGAAACCGGAGGAGCCAACAAAGGCAGCCAUGCGGCUUAUGGAAAAGACUGUGGAGGUGAUGAAGCUGGACAAGCAAGUCAAAGAAGCUCAAGCCCAGCAGAGAACAGUAUUGGAAGAAACCAGGCAGCUACUCCGUGAAAAGUUCCAUGUCGAGGCUGACACUAAAUUCAUGCUGGAUCACCUGACCAACAAAACCGAAGAGUACAGAAGGGAAAUGAGCAAGCUGUGGGAUAAGUAUGCACAGGAAAGUGGGGAAAUCCAACAAAGGAGAGAAGAGUCAGCCUCCAAGUACGCGAAGCAAACGUCAGAACUUCAGAAACAGCUCUUGGAGAAGGAGAAGAAGGAAUUUGAUCUGAAGCGGCAGUUACGAGCCGUGAGAGACAUUUCGCUAGUGAAGGAGAAGCAGGACAGAGAAAUACAGAUGUUGCAGGAAGAGCUAAAGAAACCCCGGGGUGAGCUGAAGGCCAAGGCCUACGCUGACUACGUCCAGGAGAAAGCGCUGCUGGAGAAGCAGCUGAGCCAGCCAGACGGGGGCCUGUUGGGAAAGACAAAAAGAAAGGGGCCGAAAAGUAAGGCCCAGGCCUUGCAGGCCGUGGCGGAGAGGCUCGCUGUGGAGUGUUGCCACGACCUCCACACAGAGAACCAGCGCUUGCUGGACGGUCUAAUGCAGCAGGCCCGGCAGUGCCGGGAGGCGCAGGCCACCCGCAGGCGCCUGCAGAACCGGAAGCGGCAGCUGCAGCUGGAGCAGUGGUACACCGAGUGCUUAAUCCGAGGCCGGCAACGACUGCGACAGGGCGCCCCAAAGGCCGCCGGAACCCCUCCCCCAGGCACCAAAUAAAGGAUCGAUCCGCAACAAUUCCUAAGCUGUCGCUGAUUUAGUAAAGACCAGAGCAAGUGUUCUUAGACGCUGCACAAGGAAGGCUUUGGGAUCUCAUUGCUGCUGUAAACUAUCCACGCCUGAUGUGUUCAUAUGAAAGAUUAGGUGCUUCCCUCCCCCACCCCCCACAGCUGUACUGCUAGGGAUUUGUGUGACCAGCUUCCCUUAAUUACGUUUUCCUCUAACUGGCUCUUGUUAGUAAGCAGCAUGUUCCUCAAACCUCCAGAUUACCUAACACCAUUUGCCGAACACUCCUACACGAAGCCCGGUCGAGAAAAACCACCUUGAGGAAGUGAAAGGAAAACAGCGGUGUGACUUAGUUCACCUCGCUGAGUCAGGUUUCUUUACCUGAAAAGCACGGGUGAGGAUAACAUCUCGGAUUGA